GCGGAAGUCGGUGUGCGGACUUGGCGCUGCUUCCCGAGCGGAGAGAGAGAAAACCGAGAUCAUCGGAUUUCAGGAGUUCACCGGGAGCGCCGCAGCAGCUCCGCAACACACGCCGCUGAAAUGGGAGUCGAAAUCGAGACGAUCACACCUGGUGACGGAAGGACGUUCCCCAAAAAAGGACAGACGUGUGUGGUGCAUUAUGUGGGCUCCUUGACAGAUGGCCGGAAGUUUGACUCAUCUCGGGACAGGGACAAGCCUUUCCGGUUCAAAAUCGGCAAGCAGGAGGUGAUCCGAGGCUGGGAAGAGGGUGUGGUGCAGAUGAGUGUUGGUCAGAGGGCCAAGCUGACCUGCUCGCCUGACUUCGCUUAUGGAAACAAAGGCCACCCAGGCAUCAUCCCUCCUAACGCCAUCCUCAUCUUUGAUGUUGAGCUGCUGGGUUUGGAGUGAUGCCAACCUGCAGCCUGUGUGUUGUGUGUGUGAUGUGGCUUCGCACCUGGGUGACCCGUAGAGAAGCUUGGAGAGUCUGCACUUGAUUCUUUAAGAGGCUUGACUUUAUUGUUCCACACCGUGACUUCAUCAAACUCUGAAAGUUUGUAUUAUUUUGUCUCCGUGACUGAGUUUACAAUCUUUUUCCCAUUGUAUUCUUUAUUGUUAUAACCAUGCAUCAUAACAUUAUAAUUACCCACCCACAAUGCACUUGAUAUUGAGUCAUUUAAGAUUACUUUUUUUUUUUUCCUGGUUUUUGUUUUUGGGAGUGCUGGUUAUGCAAGAUUACACUAGGAAGUACAUUAAACCACUAUCAGCAGCAUUCAUCUGUAAUGAGUCAGUGCAUACUGCUAAUAUAAUGUUUGACAUAGCUGGAUAUCUCUCAGAAAAAAAAGUAAACAAAGGAAAACAAUAAGCACACAUUUACAUCAAACCAGUUUCAAAUCAGAUAAAAAAAAAUUAAACUAGUCUCUUCUGGUUCAAUAAUGGUUGCUUAUAGUCAAAUGUUAUGGUAACUUAAAAUAGACGUUUGUACAGAACCACUACUUUUCUUCUUUAUGGAAGGUGCAAACUGAGGAGUGAAAGGGGUAAUUGGCACAAAGAGGGAAUCAAUCAUAGUUGUAGAUAGCUCUGUGUGCCUAAAUGUGGUUACUACCUUAGCCUGUCUGUAUGUUCUUGGCCUGAUGGGACUUUGGUGUGUAUCUCUCUAAACCCCAUUUAAAGCCAUACACAGGUCAAGGAGUGUAAAGACAGGAUUACGCAACGCACAUCAAAUGGAGACAGAUCUUUUAUUUUCGAUGAUCUGAAAUGCUUGAAAUUUACAAAAUAAAAAGUAAAAAAAGGGGGGAGGGGAUUCAAAUAGCAACUUCCCCUGACCUUAUUUUGUGUAACAACUUGAAUUGUGUAUUUUUCAGAUGCCAGCUUUCUAUCUUUGAGAAUCAGUGAAAUUAACGUAGAAGCUAUUGUGAUAAAUUCUGUUUUCUUCUUUUUUGGUUUAUUUUUAUACUCGCUGUUGAAGUACCACUCUGCCUAUCAGCAGACACUGAGAAAAGAAAAGGUUGACACACAGGCAUCCUAGUGGUUUUUAUACCUAAAAGAAAUAGUUUUAAAUGGAGUUUAAGUGAAAGAAAAUGCUGGCUGUCUGAUAUUGACUGUAGCUGUCAAUGUUAUAUGUUGGCUGCAUUGCAACUGCUGUGGCAACAGAUCCCCUCUGUGCUAUGUAGUUAUAUGCUGUUAUUGUAUGCAGGAUAAACCAAUUAUGUAUUUAAAAUAAAAGAAGUGCUCUCCAA